AUGCGUAUGACUUCAACAUCACGUAUUUUGAUCGGAGACCCUCCUGUGUUCUCUGGUUAAGGCACAAUGCAGUUUAUCCGUAUGUAUCUGAUACAAUUAGAAUUGCGCGCGCCGGCUGCACGGACGCGUCUUUUUAUGGAGGAAAAAAAUCUCUGCGUCACCAGUGAAGUAGGCUACGUAUCGGGUCCAUUAUUUAUUAAAUAAAAACAUUGUUUAUUCCAGGAGAUACAGAAGUUUAUGUACUCGAACUUGCCAACAGUUUAACCAUUUCACUACCCUCCCAGAUGCGUAUUAGGGGCAAAGCGCUCGUGUUGCUUUUCCUAGUUGCCAUCAGCAGUUGUGCUGAAGUUUGUCUUGAGCUGAAGUUGCAGGAGAACAUACAUCCAGCGCAUGCGCGAUAAACGCACAUCAGCUCCAAAUAAGAGUUCGCUAAAGAGAAACGAGGUGGUAAGGAGAGCAGGGCGAGAUGGCUGACACCCCCCCCACCGAUGCCCCCUCCUCUGGGGGAGACUUUGACAUGAUGGACGCACUGGACUGGAAGGAUGGGAUUGCAUCUCUCCCUGGCAGUGACAUCAGGUUCCGUAUGACUGAGUUUGGGACUCUGGAGAUUGUCACAGAGGUGGAGGCUGAUGCUUCUCUGCCCAGCACUGAGAUCCUGACCCCCCAGAACCAGGACCCCUGCGCGUCACACAGCCCCACCCCUCCCCCGGAGACCGUGGACCCUGGCCUGUCACAGGCCUCCGGGCCUGAAGACGGCCCCCUGACGCCGGUGCCGGAGCUGGAGCCUCAGUGCUCUGUGGCCCUGGAGGAGGCCCCCAGUGUGGAGGUGCUCAGUGUGGAGGCCCCCAGUGUGGAGGCCCCCAGUGUGGAGGUGCUCAGUGUGGAGGCCCCCAGUGUGGAGGCCCCCAGUGUGGAGGUGCUCAGUGUGGAGGCCCCCAGUGUGGAGGUGCUCAGUGUGGAGGCCCCCAGUGUGGAGGUGCUCAGUGUGGAGGCCCCCAGUGUGGAGGUGCUCAGCUGUGGCUCCUGUGGGCUUCCCGGCUCCCAAGAGGCUUUCCUGCUGGGCAAGUUCUGCAGCCCUGCCUGCGUGCAGCCUACCAGUGGCAGGUCCACCCCAGGGGAUCAGAGAGAGAGGGGCAGGGCAACCCCCGUCCCAGCUGCGGAGGGUGACAGGUUGGGCAAACGCGUGAGGAAGAAGAGGAAGUUGUACAUGGACUCUGCUGACGACGAUGAUGAAAAUGUUGAGGAGGAAGAGAAGGAAAAAGCAAAAGUAUGCAAAGGGAGGAGAGCAGCGAAACUGGCCCGGCUGGUGACAGCUCCACCCCCCAAGAAAAAGGCAUGGAGUUGGGCAACUUACCUGGAGGAGGAGAGGGCCAUCGCUGCACCUGUCAAGCUCUUCAGAGAGCACCAGUCCUUCCCGCAGAGCCGGAACAGCUUUAAGGUGGGGAUGAAGCUGGAGGGCCUGGACCCCUGUCACCCCUCCCUCUUCUGUGUGCUGAGUGUGGCCGAGGUACAGGGGUACAGAGUGCGGCUGCACUUUGACGGUUACCCCGAGUGCUAUGACUUCUGGGUGAACGCAGACUCCUGGGAUAUGAAGCCGGCGGGGUGGUGCGAGAAGAACGGACACAAGCUGCUGCUGCCCAAGGGCUGCCGGGACGGCGAGUUCAGCUGGAACACGUACGUGAAGAACUGCCGUGGCCAGAUCGCCCCCAAACACCUCUUCAAGAGCCUGAACACGUCGGUGACGCCCUCUGGGUUUCGGGUGGGGAUGAAGUUGGAGGCGGUGGACAGGAAGAACCCUUCGCUCAUCUGCGUGGCGUCCAUCGCCGCUGCUGUGGACAGCCGGCUGCUCAUCCACUUCGAUAACUGGGACGACUCGUACGAUUACUGGUGUGAUGCCAGCAGCCCUUACAUCCAUCCUGUGGGGUAUUGCGAGGAGGCAGAAUUAACCCUCACAACACCGGCUGAGUACAAGCAUCCCAAGAGCUUUUCCUGGGAGAAAUACCUGGAGGAGACAGGAACGCAGGCAGCUCCGGCCAGAGCAUUCAAACAGAGACCCCCCCAUGGGUUCCAGGUGGGUAUGAAGGUGGAGGCGGUGGAUAAGAGGAACGCCAUGCUCAUCAGGGUGGCCAGCAUCGCGGAGGUGGAGGAGCACCGGCUAAAGAUCCACUUUGACGGCUGGGGUAUGGAGUAUGAUUACUGGCUGGAUGCUGACAGCCCCGACCUGCACCCUGUGGGCUGGAGCCAGAAGACCGGGCACCCCCUCCAGAACCCCCAAGGGUCUUCGGAUGCUUCCACGCUCCUGGGACAGGGGUGCCCCACCCCAGGCUGUAAUGGUGUGGGCCACGUACGGGGACCCCGCUACGGAACGCACUACACGGCGGUGAGCUGUCCGUACUCAGAGCUGAAUCUGAAUAAGGAGGGGCUACUUCCUGACCGGCUCAGUGGGGAGAGGCCUGCUGCUCUCGCUGGGCCCCACCGUGGGCGACGCCCCGAUCUGCCCACCGCCACCCCCACCCCCACCCCCAACCCCACCCCCCCGGAGCUGCCCGACCCUGUCGACGACUCCCCCCAGUCCAGUGGGGGCAGGAAGUCGUGGAUUGGGGAAGGAGACCGUUCGGGCCGCAGCAGCCUGUCAGAGCCAUCGCACUGUGGAGACGAGCGGCCAGGGGGCGCUGGAGAGCACAGUCACAACGGCACCAAGCCUAAGAAAUCAGGGCAACUCCCAAAGUGUCUGAAGCUACACUUUGUCAAACAGGAGCCUGGAGACUGUAAUCCCUGCUCUCUUUGUGUAUGCGCAGACGGCCCAGACGGGGCAGUCAGUCUGCAGCAGGCUCUGCAUGAGUCUGUGUUCAGCCCCAGCAGCCCCAUGCAGCGCAUCCUGCUCUGCUGGGAUAAACACUGCAAGCUGCUGCCCGAGGUGCUGGGCCUCACCGCCCGCCAAGUGGCACAGUGGAGCACUGACGAGGUGGCCAGCUUUGUCCGGGGCCUGCCAGGCUGCAGAGAUCAUGCUGUGACCUUUAGAAAUGAGCAGAUUGAUGGCGAAGCUUUCCUGCUGCUCACGCAGGCCGAUAUUGUCAAGAUCCUCAGUAUAAAGCUCGGCCCCGCCCUCAAGAUAUACAACUCCAUCCUCAUGUUUAAGAGUGCCGACGAGGAGUGAGCCACACCCCCUGCCCCCUAAACCAAUAAGAACAGACCUGGAGCCCCACCCCAGUGCCCUAAACCAGUAAGAACUGACCUGGAGCCACGCUUCAGAACCCUAAACCACUAAGAACAGACUAGGAGGUCCGCCUCUGCACCCUGAACCAAUAAGAACAGAGCAGGACCCCCUCCCCAGAUUUAUUAACCAAAAGAACAGAGUUAGUCUUCCUUCUGAGGCCAGUGAGGUGCACUGUGUGCAGGUGUUUGUGGAGGUCACAGGUGUAGCUGUGCCUGCGAGGUGUCUGGUGUGUGUGUGUUUGUGUGUGUGCGUGCGUGCGUGCGUGUGUGUGUUUGUGUGUGCGUGUGUGUUUGUGUGCGUGCGUGCGUGCGUGCGUGCGUGCGUGCGUGUGUGUGUAUGUAUGUGUGUGCACACCUCCUCCAGCAUCCUGUUCCAUCCUCUGUCUGCCGUCUCAGUCCGGCUGAGUAAAUUAGCUUUUAAUUUUAUGAUUGAUUAUUAAAACGUGGUGCUUGUUAAGUGCGGUCAAAACAAGCGCCAUAAACCCCUUUUACUUGAAUAAUUACUCUAUGAAUUUUUAAUAACAGCAAAUACAUUUUUUAAAAUAAUUUUCUCCCAUUUGGAUGGGAGCUUUGAGCAGACAGGAGAGGAUGUUUGGAGUUCCGUGCAGUUCUCCAUCUCUCCACCAGGGGGAGACCCAGGACAGCCUGUCGAAGGGGUGGAGGGUAGGGAUAAAGCAGGGUUUAGGUUCAGUUAUUUUAGGGUGCUUUGAUCCUGUAUCCCGUUAAGGGCUUUUUAAGGGCUUCACUCUAAGAGUUAGUUUGUCCCGCAGUUAAGGAAUUUAGGAAUAACCUGGUUGUCACCAACAAAACUGGAAAUCCUGAGUAUACAAGUAUAUAUUAUCUUACAUAUAAGCCCUUAUAUAUCCCCUCAAUCAUAAAAACUCACAUGCCUUGGUUGUGCAUCUGAAUGCAUUUUGAAAUAUGUUGUUGAUACCUAAAUGAUGAAUAUGCAAAAGAAAUUUAUGUAAAAAAACAUUUUUUCAUGUAUAAAUAUGGCCUCGAUAUACUUCAGUGUAUGAUAGUGUAAAUAGAGCUGCAGUCGGAAGGUAGACUGUAUAGAAACACUCUACAAAGGGAAAUAGGCCUAAAUUAAAUAACCUACAUUUUCCCACAGAAAGCAUUUCCCUGUAGUUUACAUGAAUACCUUUGGCCUUUUAAAGGAAAAUCUUAAAAAUGUCUCAGUAAAAAUCUGGGAUGAAAGCCCACGGUUUAAUUGAAAUGAUUCUAAUUUAUUCCUGUGUAAAUUCAUGUAAUUUGUACAGCUUUUGUGAGAAAUUUUUAACCUGAUUGUCAGUGUUACACAGUGAUACCUCUUUGAACCUCAGCUGAAUGAGUCCGAAUGUACUUCAGCAGUUGUUUUUGUCCAAAACUGGUAUUUAAGUAUUUUAUUUAAGAAGUCUUGAUAGAAUUGACUGGUGGUUUAUGAGGAUGUUGGUGCUGGCAGGGCAGACGGUUUCUGUAUUUAUGUCGGCUGAGUGCAGAAAUAAAAGCUAAUGGAUGCAGACACCCCUCUGCAAAACACA